ACCAUGGUGAAUCCAUUUGAUUUGAUGGAUUGAUGGAUAGAUGGAUGGAGAACUCUUUAUUCGUAACUGACUUCACAAAGCCCCGCGUCGCCAUCUUCCUGUUGUGCAAAAUUUCCGAAGAGAAAGUGGUCAGAAUGAGUCACACAAUUCUUCUUGUGCAGCCCAACACCAAACCAGACACACGGACAUACAGUGACUAUGAGUCUCUCAAUGAGUGUCUUGAAGGUAUAUGUAAGAUAUACGAAGAACACUUGAAAAGACAGAAUUCGGACUGUCCCAGUAUCACCUACGACAUCAGCCAACUGUUUGACUUUGUUGAUCAGCUGAACGACCUCAGCUGUCUUGUGUAUCAGAAGAAUAUCAACUCAUAUGUCCCACACAACAAAGACUGGUUGAAAGAGAAGAUCUACAUAAUGCUGCGUAAACAGGCUGGACGAUAAAGAGCAGUUAUCAGUGGACAGUGAUAGAACUUUGUGAACAUGACUUGAUUUCGUACAUUUUUAAGUUUGCAGGAGGAAAUAUCCUUUAGUCAAUUUGUAAAAACAGCAACAGCACUGUGGCUUUUCAUUUGUCAGAAAGUUGAGAAUAGGCACACAUGCAUACAUGUAUACACUGAAGUGACUAUGAAAUGCAGCAUCUAUAAAUUUAAAUGAAUUUGUUUCCGGAAUAUAUUUUCCAGAUGUGUAUUUUAAAAAAAACCAUUAAAUAAUGAUAUAAAGGUGGUGAUUUUUUGUGUUACAUAAAGCGUGACUACAUGUUUGAUAAUAUGUGAUUUUAAUUAUGAAAUAUCUUUUAUAUGAAGUAGAAUUUAAAACCUUGUAACAACUUUUCUAGGCACCAAUAUGGUGCCAAAUGGUACGUCAACAUAAUUUCAGUAGAUACGUCAACAUGAUCACAAUAUUGCCAUGUUGCACAAGAUAAUUUCCAGUAUUAUUUUCAUAUUACAAGAUCAAAUUUUCUAGCUCGUCUGAAUUUUGAAAAAAAUCAACAACAUAUUGUCUUUACUUGAUUGUCAUCAUCGGCGUUGAUUAAAUUUUUUGUUUAGGUCCACCUUUUCUCAAAAUUUAUAAGAGCUACAGCUUUGAAACUUUGUUCACUUGUUUAUCAUCAUUAGAUGACUAUGUAGGCAAUUUAGCAGAAUUAUGGCCCAUUUUGUACUUAGAAAAUUUGAGUGUUUGGUUAAAAUUUUUGUUUAGGUCCAGCUUUCCUCAGAAACUAUAAAAGCUACAGGUUUGAAACUUUGCACUCUUGUUUAUCAUCAUUAGAUGACUAUGUAGGCCAAGAACCAUAACUCUGAUAUGCAUUUUGCUAGAAUUAUGGUCCAUUUUGUAAUUAGAUAUUCUGAGCUAUAACUCUUCUUACAUACUGUCCAACACAUGCAGACAAACGAUGGCACCCGUAGGUGGUGCUCUUGUUUUUUGUAGUGGAUACAAAACUAAAACAGUUAUUUUGAAAAAUAUACAAAGUUCCUUUAGAACCAUUUGUGUUAGAAUGAUUUAAAUAUGAAUGGUAUUAUUUUAUAUUAUACUUGUCCAAAUUAUUGCCCGAAGAUAAAUAAAAUAGCCACACCCGUUUCUGACAUGUACUUACUGUAGGCUUUUAUAUAAGAAACUUUGAAAAUCUUCUCUGAAUCAAUAAUAGCAAUAUGUAGCCUUGAUAUUUGGCAUGUGGUAUCAGAUUUGUAAUGUCUGUCAACUUGUUCAAAUUACUGCUCCAGGUUGAAAAAUGUGUGUGACAUGUUUAUAAUAUAGGCUAACAUAGAAGAAACCUAACUGUGUACUAAACACACUUGAAGCCUUGUACACAGGUGAGCGCUUUAGGGUCAAUGAUCCUCUUGUUUCAUGUUUUCAUUUCCAUCACUAGUAUUGAUUUUUAAUGUUAUGUACAAAUUGUUUAACUUUUUUUCAUAGUAGAAUUUUCUGUUCAGUUUUAUAAUCUCAUUUUUAGUGUUUAAUGAAAUGAAGUAAAUUAGCAUAAUUACAGUAGAAAUUUUCAAUAGAGUUUUAUCGUACAGAUUUAAGACUAGUUACUUCAUAUUUAUUACAGAUUUGCAUUAAUAAUUUUAUAUCUAUCUGAAAUUUAUUAGAAAUGCAUGUUUGAAAAAAAUAUAAUUAUUACCUCCCUUUGCCUUUCUUGACAGACAGUUAGACAGAUUAGAAAUGAAUUAAUUAAGAAUCUUCACACACUUCAAAAGAUUGUCUUUUUUUGUCCAUAGUGUUGACAUAUCAUUGAAGUAGGUAGAAGACUAGAAACUGAUUUUUUUCACAUUGUUAACUGAAAUGAUAAUGAAUAUUUUGCCAUCAUGUAUAAAUGAUCAUUUAUUUGUAUGGAUUGAGGUAGUGGACUCAUAAUGAUAGUCAGCAAUGUCCAUGUGAUUACAUAUUCUCCUUUGGUAUAUUUUAUCAUCCUGCGGCCAUAGCAGAAAAUUGUAUUUUCAUAAGAACUGGAUAAUAGAAAGAUCUUACAUGCCUGUCAGUGUAGGACAGGGUUUUCUCUUCUGAGGGACAGUGUGGAAUGAAAAACUGGGUAGUAGCAAGAUUUUUUGUCUGUGCUGUCCUGAGAGUCAGGGAAAACAGCUGUCAUUCACAGGCACACAUGUAAGAUCAUUUUUCCUGCUUAUUGCAUUCAGAAUAGAUCGCGAUGAAAAAUAUAUUUGGGUGUCUCCAGACAUGUAUAUAGUGUAGGUACUAUGUGACAUCACUUUAGUGUACACUAUCUGAGACAAGAGUUUAUACUAGGGGAAAAGGGGGAAUAUCUGUCUUAGGAUUUGGCAAAUACAUACCUUCCCUGCCAGGUAGGAAAGAAUAUCGAAUCACAUGCAGAGAAUAAUGUAAACGAUUACAGGUCCACUACCUUAAUGUAAAAAAAUGGAUUUUAGAAUCAAAAAAUAGUUUAUCAGUAUUCAUAUUGUAGCAAAACUAGUGUUGAUAUAGUAUGUACAGAUGCAGAAAAUGUUGUGUUACUUGUGCCUUUAAAACUAUCUGUAUUGUUGAAAAUAAGUGACAUCUCGGCCUCUCUAAAUAAUUUCAUAAUUGUACCUGUCAGAUUUGUUUUGUGGAUUAUAUUGAUUGGACUAAAUGAGAUUUUAUGAUGUUGGAUACACCAAUUAAAUUGAAAAGGUGGGAGUUGUAUCAGUGUAUGAGUGUUGAUCUUUUUGCAUCUCAAAAACUGUAUCAAAUGAAGAUGUUUCGCAUAUGGAAAUGUUUGUGAAUAGCUUAAUAUUUAGUUUCAAUGUUUAUUUUGUAAAGAGAGAAAAUAGCAUUUAUUUUUAUAUAUUAAACAACAUUGGCACAAUACUGUAAAAGCCACCCUUCACACAGAAUUUCACAAACAAAAUAUCAUAAAAUGGCAUUGUUCAGAAAAAAGUUGUUAAAUCUGAAAUCAAAAUUCCUAAAAGAAUUUUCAGUCAUAGCUAAAACUCAUUGUCCUUGUCAUAUGUUAUGGUAAACACAAAAAUUGAAUGAUCAGGACUGUUCAUUAUUUAAUUAGAUUUAAAGAUAUUAUUGAUUAUAGUUAGGAAUUGUAAUUUUAUCGGAAGGCUAAUUACAAUUCAGUGUGGGCUGUUCUAUCUAUUUAUUGCAAAGAUUGAAAAAUUGAUUUAUUAUAAUUUUCUUAUAUACUUGCAAAAAAAAAACCAACAGACUUUCGUAAUAAGAUACUGUAGAAAUGUAAAUAAAUUAUAAUUAUGGAUUGAAUGCUAUUUUUGUGUGUUUUAUGAAGUAAACCUCAUCGAGUAUUCUGACAAAUUAUUCAUAAAUCGCCAGCAUGGUUCAUGGAUUUGCCAGAAUUCCCGAUGUGUUUUAUACCCAUAUAAAGUCUUAAAAAAUAGCAUUUAGUCCUUUAUUGAAUAUGGUAGAUAAAAUGUUAAAUCUAAGGUAAUUCUAAUAAAAAUAAAUAAAGGUUUUGAAUUUGAGCAUUUUCUUCAGGUAAUUAAUUCUAUCAUUAAUCGCAAACAUUUCCAUAGCAAAAAAAUUAACCACUUGUACAGUAGUUCAUUCCAUGUGAUCCGAUAAUGGAAAUGUAUAAAAGUUACUGGUAGUUGCUGUUGUGCUAUUCACAUUUCAUAAUUCAUCAUUCCUUACAUUUCAAAUCUGAAUGACAUAAAUGUGUAUUGAAUGACUUUCAAAUAAAUUGUGUAUAUAUUACA